GAGUGCUAGAAUUGCAACGGCCAAAAGAAGGAAAAAAAAAAAGGGAUAAGAAAGAAAUCCAAAUAAAGUGAAAGUAGAGGCCAAGAGGGAUCCAAAAGCCGCAACUGUUGAUAGAUACUCUAUAGAAAUAGGAUGUCGUUGGUUUCCCUUGUAUAAACCACCAUGACAGUCGAACAACAGAUCUGAGUUAGAAAAGGAACCUCUCAAUGAACCUCAUGGCAGCGCUCGGUGGCCGGCGACAGGCGGACGGAACACCCUCUCCCUACCAAAUGGCAGUUUUUAACUCUAGCCUCAAAAGAUAUUCAUUGGAGUCCAUAGUUCAUGGACUACUCUGAACUCUGUUUUAUAGGUCCCUCUCUCCUUCACAGUCUCUAUAAAGUCCAAAGCUACGGCGCAUAAAUUUCCAAUUUUCAAUCUCUCUCUCUCUCUCCCUCCCUCCCUCUCUCUCUCCCCCUUUCUGUUAUUUUUUUCUCUCUCUGUGUCAGCACCAAGGUGUGGCCAUGGCGGCAGACCAAGAAGGUAAAGAGUUGAAGUUUAACUCUCAGUUUCAGACUGACCAUGGAGAUAAGCAGCAAAGCCCCUUUGAAGGAGACAAUUGGUCAAGCUAUUUUGGACGGUCUGAUUCAUUUCUCAGCUUUAGUUCACCGGUGGAAUCUGAGAUUGGUUCCUAUGAGAUUGAAAGUGACAGAGAUGACGGCGAGAACGGCAGCGACGAUUACACGGCUGAGUUGAGUCGGCGGAUGGCUCAGUACAUGUUUCAAGAUGAUGAUAAUUCAUCCACUACAAGCUUUCAGUCUGAGAUUCAAAACAAGUCAUGGGGUUUGUCUGGUUCGCCAAUUUCAACGCUGUGGUCACCUCUAGGCUCUAGCACUGGGAGUAGCCAUGGAAGUCCAGAAGGGCCGUCGAAGGAGCCAUCGCCGCCAUCGACGCCAGUGGUUGCAGAGCGUGGAGGGCUGGACAUUUCACGCAAUGUUUUCAACAAAUUGGAGAAGAUGAAGAAGGUGAGCACAAAUGGUAAAUCAAUCCAAACAAGCCCCCAAAUUGGAGAAACAGAAUCUUCCUCUUCCAAAAACCAAUCUAGAACUUCUAAAAAUCAGGAGCGAAGGCAGAAUCAACAGCAGCAGCAGUUUAUCAAGCAAAAAGGCUCAGCCGCCAUACAGGCCAAGCAAGCUCAAGGAAGCUCCUUACAAGCAAAUUCAGGGGCAAAAUCAGGAGGGUCAUCAGGGACCGGCGUGUUCUUGCCUCGCCAUGUGAACUACAACCGUCCAGCUCCAUGUUCUCAGCCACCACAGCCGCCGAAGAAAAAGGGAUCCUCCACUGUACUAAUACCCGUGAGAGUCUUACAAGCCUUGCAACUACACUACGACAGAAUGGAUGACGAGACAAGACAAAAAAUCACUGGCUUCACAGCUCUUAGAGAUUCCUAUUUACUUUAUGGACAGAAGCUGCGGCUAAUGCAAGAACCACAUCACAUACAGUUAAGAAAAGUCAUUCGGGAGCUUCAGCGGCGGCGGUGGCGGCGACGGCGACGACGUCGACAAGUCAAAUCGACGUGGGCCUUCCUCAAGAAUGGACAUAUUAAUGGCGUCAACAACUGGCGAGGGGGCCAUUUCUUCUCUGGAUCACAAAUCUGAAGCUUUUUGGCGGUUUUCUGAGAGAAGAUGAUGGGGAUGACGUUAAUGGAAUGGAAUAAAAGCCCACAGGUAGACGGAGGAGAAGACGAAAUGGAAUUAGGGGUUAGGAAAACGAUGUCGUUUUCUUUGACUGUCGAUUAGGGGCAAAAGCGUAAAUAAUGUUUGGGAAAUUAAUAUUUGUUAUGGGAAGAAAGGGGAUUUUUCUAGAUGACAAUCCUUUUAGGUAAUAAUUUGUCAAACAAAGUUGUAUUGUAUACUCUACAAUAAUUGUUCAACAAAUUUAAUUAUUUUUCUUAGUCUAAA